UGUAUAGACUGUGCUCUCAAAAUGAAUUAAGAGGUGUUGCUUGCCCACACUUGAAUAUCUGACCAGAGAGUUCGCUACGUGACAACAUGCGCUCAAAUAUAAAAUUUCGAGGCACAGACCACGAAGUGAUCCGGGUGUCCCAUGCUGGCACAGCUCCGGCUCCCGGCGCGGCGUCGUCGCCCGCGCCCGCUGCAGACGUGCCGCGGGUGGAGGUGCACCCUCCCGUGCUAGAGAUGGUCACCCGAUUGCGCUCGGGGUCCCUGCCGCAGAGCGUGGGCCCGGCCGACCGGGCCCUGGCGGACCUGCUGGUGGAGGCCGAGGAGGAGGAGGAGGGGGAGGAGGACAGUGACGGCAUGGUCAGUGUCCGUGAUCUGGGCGACCUUUGUCAAGCUGCUGUGGGUGAGGAGGUGCGCCUUUAUGAGGGGCUCAUAGAAGCCAGCGCCAUUAAACAGGAGCCGGGGCUGGAGACUACAGUAGAGGAGCUGGGUGCAGAGACUGCCGGACGGGAGCCGGGUGCAGAGACUGCCGGACAGGGGCCGGAUGCGGAGACGGCCGGACAGGAGUCGGAUGCAGACGGGCCGCUUGUGACGACGGAGGAGCUGGGAGCAGCGAUGGGGGAGGCCAGGCCCAGGCCAGAGGACGCUGGAGCGACGGAAGCAGACUUUGUGUCGAAUAUGGUGCUGCCCACUCCCAACAGGAGUCUGCACAUAAUCCUGCAGGCCCGCCAGCUGCUGCAGCGGCGCCGGAUGGUGCGCGAGAUGACGGCCCAGUACCGGGAGCAGCUGGGCGCGCAGCUCGCCCGUUUGGCACCGUCGGCCGACUCAGACUCCGACGUUGGCUCAGACUCCGACUCGCUGGCGUCCGAGGAGGGCGCGCCGCGGCGGCCCGACCUGACCGAGCGGCUCGACGCGCUGGUGCCGCCCACCCGCGAUGCCAUCCUGCCGCCGACCAACAUGCGCGAGGCGCUCGAUAUGGUGCACCAGCUGCGCCUGCAGAACCUCAGCCUGCAGGCGGAGCUGAUGCGCACCGGCGGCGAGCACCUCCGGCGCGGCCGCAAGAAGGUGAUGGCCACGAUCACGGCCGAGCGACUCCACCACCUGGAGAAGCUGGAGACGGCUGUGGAGCGCGUGUUCACGCCGUCCCAGAUACGGGCCAUGUCGCACGGCUUCAAGCGCAACAGCGUGCAGUGGCGCGAGGAGGACUUCCGCCGCGCCGUGACGCUGCGCUCGCUUUGCUCCAACAAGAUGUUCGAGUACGUGCGCAACGACAUGAAGAUCCCGCUGCCGAGCAUCGAGACGCUGAAACUGCGCUGCCCGAACUACCCGAAGCUAGACGCGAUGCUGUGGCGGGCGCUGCGGGAGCCGAACGGGUCCGCGGUACCUGGGCGCACAUGA